AUGGCUUUCAAGCAUGUUUUCUUGAUCAUCUUGGCUGUUAUUUUUCCAAUUGUUGUCUCUGGUAAGGACUUCAUAGUCGGAGAUGAGACCGGAUGGACCAUAAAUUUUGAUUAUGUAGCAUGGGCACAAGGAAAGGAUUUCCGGGUUGGAGACAAACUUGUUUUUCAAUAUCCAAUUGGAGUUCAUAAUGUCUUCAAGGUUAAUGCAACUGGCUUUAUGAAUUGCAUCGUGCCACCGUUGUCACAAGCUCUAACUUCAGUGGAGUAUAUGAGUUUGCCUGCGAGUCAGUACUCUGUGUUGGAUGCAGAGAGUAUUGAGAGAGUUGACAAUAGCACCUUCAGGUGUUACGUAUACAAUUUCAAGUUCUUUGCUGUUGAAGUGUGCCCUGUUUUGUUGGUUAGAGUUGAAGAAAAACCAAAUGGUUUUUGUAUCAAGCUCUUCUCCUGCAAGCUUGAAGGUUCACCAAUUGUGGUUGCACAGAAUGAGAAGAUUGAUGCUUCUAUGGUGAAUAGAGUAUCAUGCGAUAGGAAACAAAGCGACUCCUCGGUGGCUGAACUCACUUCAGAUAUAGUUAUUGAGGUCAGCAUUGAGAUUCCUUUUGCAUUUCGACCAAUUCCCGUGCAAGCCAUUGAAUCAACCGGCACUCAAGUACUAGAACAAAUAUUGAAGAUUAUGCUUCCUUGCUUUAUGGCACAAGUUUGUGAUUUAGAUAUUUUCCCCCUUUAA